GAAACAACACCGGUGACUACCAUACAACUUGAACAUUAUAUAUAACAGCUUGGAUACUGCUUGAUUACUUGCAUGGUCUUGUUUCAGGCUGAUAUUCCAUCCCACAACGUACUGAAGAGCCCAUCAUAACAUACGUUUCUUCCUGGAGGACUUCGCGCAUCAUGCUCCCCCCGAACGACCUUUCCCUCAUCGAAGGAAAUACCUCCUUAGAUUUCAAACAAGUCUUAUUCAGAUCACUGGACGAGAGGAGAAAUAAAGCAAUUUCACCAAAAGGCUUUGAGCGGGAGAUAACAUCGAGGCUAACUUGGAAAGAGGUAUCCCUCGUUAGAAAGGCUGAAGAACCAGAAAAGUUGGAGGGAAGGGUAGUUAUGGAGAUCAUCGUUGAAGAAGACAUGCUCAAUGCUGCUGAUAAUCUACACGGAGGUUGUUCUGGACUCCUCGUAGACAACUGUUCCACGAUGGCUAACGUUGUUUUGGGGCAAGCGAUGGGUGAAGAGGCCAAGCUCGGAGUUUCACUGUCUAUCAAUAUCAUGUAUCAUUCUCCAGCUGCAUUGGGUGAUAAGUUGCGUAUCGUUAGUACUACCCUGACAAUGGGUGCCCGAGCCAUGUCGUCUCGCUGUGAGAUAUGGAACGAUACUCGACAUCGUUUGGUAGUAUCUGGUGUGCAUAGCAAAAUGGCGGGAUCACCACCGAAGGGAGCUCCAAUCAUGGCGAAACUAUGAGUUUGCCCGCGAUUGAUGUGGCACUUGCUAUCUGCUCUCAUUCUAGCGUGUGACAGACUGUCUGUUCCUAGUAUGAGUAUUGGACCUAUACAUUUGCCUUAUGUCAUCAUGUAACGAUUAGAGAAGAAGAUCCGGUGUUACCUCCCCUCCCUUCUUUACCCUUCUGUUUCUUUGGCUGCCCAGGACCUCUCUUUUUGUUCCUCUUAGAUCUUCUCUCCUCCUCAGGGGCUGUAGACCAUUUCUUCUUGCUAUACCAAGCCUGGUAUCUUCCCCAUGCCGUUGAAACGAUGCCGUCUAUCAAAUAGUCCAAUAACAUCGGCCAUUUUUCCUUGCCAUAUGUCGUCUCUGCACAGCGAUUUGAUACAAGUUUUUAGUACAGUAAAUAUCCCUACUCUCAAUUUGCUUUUGCCAGCCCACCAUCAUGCAGUUGAACCACAAUCUUAUGGAAAUACAACAU